AUGUCUUCUUUCCUCGCAAAGGCACUGACUUUCAGCGCUCUGGCAGCGCCUGCCUUCGCCGCUCCUAGUUCUAUGGUCAAGAAGUCUCAAAUCAUCAACACUUCUGCCAAGCAGGCUGCCAUUAACCUUUGCGGCACUGCCGAUAAUGUCGUCCUUUAUGAUACUCCCUGGAUUGUCUACAACAUGUUUUAUGGCGCUGCCGGAUCAGUUGGCACACAGUGCACUCGCUACGAUCACGUCGAGACUCCAUCCACUGGCAACAAGAAGAUCGUCUGGAGUAGCGAGACCAAUAUUGAAUAUGUCAAGGCGACUGACAAUAUCCCCAAAGGCUAUGCUUUCGUCGGACUGACCCAGAGCCUUGAGACCACUAUCUCUGACAUCGACUCUAUUCCCACGACAUAUGACUGGACCCGCUCCAACAGCACUGCUUUCAAAGGCAACGUCUGCUACGACUUCAUGACCAGUGACACCAAGGGUGACUCUACCUCUUCCAACGCACAAGAGCUCAUGCUUUGGCUUCAGUAUGAGGGUGGUCAGCUUCCCAUCGGCUGGACUGAUGGAGCAAAAGCCACCAUCGAAAAUCUCUUCGGUACUAGCUGGAAGCUGUACGAGGGCAAGAAUGACGAUACCGGCAUCACUGUCCACACCAUGAUGCCCGAGAAGCAGUUCGAAGGUAGCUUUACAGGUGAUCUCAAGGAGUGGCUUAAAGCGCUUGUGCAGCACGGCACCUUCAAGGACUCGACCUAUGUCAAUGUCGGUAACGCUGGUACCGAGUACUUCUACGGCAACAGUAAUCUCAACGCUACUCUUGGGCUUCAGAUCAACCUCAGCUAA